AUGACAUACGAACGAGUGACAUCGCAACCCGAGAAUCCGUACUCCAAACUCAUCCCCGAACAAAAGAUAGCCGUCAUCCCGGAAUUCAGCCUCGAGAGUGGUGGUGUUCUUUACAAUGUGCCGAUAGCAUACAAGACGUAUGGCACUCUGUCGCCCGCCUGCGACAAUGCCAUGGUCAUCUGCCAUGCCUUGACUGGUAGUGCCGAUGUUGGCGACUGGUGGGGUCCUCUGCUUGGAGGGCCUGGCAAGGCUUUCGACAUGUCGCGCUUCUUCGUCGUCUGUCUGAACAGUCUGGGCAGCCCCUACGGCAGUGCGAGUCCGGUCACGAGUAAGGACGGCAACUCACAAAACGAGCACUACGGUCCCGAGUUCCCCUUGACCACCGUCAGAGACGAUGUCAACAUCUUCAAGCUCGUUCUGGACGAUCUGGGUGUCAAGCAGAUUGCUGCUGUGGUUGGUGGCUCCAUGGGUGGCAUGCUCGUGCUCGAGUUCGCCUACUUUGGCAAGGACUAUGUGCGCUGCAUCGUGCCCAUUGCUACGUCGGCCCAGUACAGUGCCUGGGGUAUCAGCUGGGGUGAGGCCCAAAGACAGAGCAUCUACAGCGAUCCCAAGUACGACGAUGGCUACUACACCUUCGAGGACCCUCCGUCAACCGGUCUCUCAGCCGCCCGCAUGGCGGCACUCUUGACCUACCGCAGUCGCGACUCGUUCGAAUCCAGGUUCGGCCGCAACACGCCCGACCCGUCGCGCAGACAGAACAUCAACGGCUCCUUCAGACCCUCAACCNCCUCAGGCGACCACUUUGCCAUCCACAACGAAGGCCACAAGCACGCCGGCUCUCCUCGCUACAGUCGCGUCAACAGCUCCGCCGACCUAUCUACCUCAACCGAGUCCCUACCUCCAGCCAACACCCCUCCCCAAACAAUCAUGGACCCCCAAUUCCACGGCACCACACCCCUACCCACCAACGCCGCACCCCCANGCCUCAGACUCAAACGCACACCGACCUACUUCUCCGCCCAAUCCUAUCUCCGCUACCAAGGCGAAAAGUUCAUCAAGCGCUUCGACGCAAACUGCUACAUUGCCAUCACCCGCAAACUAGACACUCACGACGUCUCCCGCGGCCGCCUACCCCCAGACUCUCAAACUACUACUCCCGUCGCCGACGCCCUGGCCUUGAUCGAGCAGCCAACCCUGGUCCUCGGUAUCCAAUCCGAUGGCCUCUUCACCUACGCAGAGCAAAAGGAACUCGCCGCCGCCAUCCCAAACUCUGUGCUCAAGAAUAUCGACAGUCCCGAAGGCCACGAUGCUUUCCUGCUCGAAUUCGAACAGGUCAAUCGCUUCGUGCUGGACUUCUUGCACGAAGUGUUGCCAGACGUCAUGGCCAGAGAACCUGUAAACUUUGUCAGCAAUGACGGUGUUGAAGGUGAUCAAGCAGUAAAGACUUCGACCUUUGGAGAGGCCGAGGUUGGCGACAUCACGGCUUGGUAA